GCUAGCGACCUCGAUGAUCGCCACAUCCCAUCAAUGCAUUCAGAAUAAGUGAACCUCAGCUCGGGGAGAGCACGGAUUUCUCAUCGGCCACAUCAAAGCAGGAAACAAAUCAAUCCAGAGACCUGAAACAAUGGCAUUGUUGCUUUGUUUGUGAGUGUGCGGCGUUGUGGUCUGGCAAUCUAUAAAACGCACACAUGGGAACCUACCUUGAAGUCGAAUAGUAAUUGUAAUUCUAAGCCUGCGACUUUAGCAUCCUUCUUUGUUUUCCAUCAAAUACGACAAUCAUGGCUCAGCGAGGGACAUUCACCGUGGUGACACCCAAGCCUGCCACGUUCCUCACCAUUCCGCCAGAGCUGCACCUCCAGAUUAUCAAGCUUCUGGAUGUCACGUCGCUCGCGCGAUUGGGCCUCUCACUCCCCAAGGAAUAUGGCUUCCUUUGGAACGAGAUUCAGAAGAGAGCCAGAAUCGGUGCCCUCCCGCCUCAGAAAGUCUACGAUAAGCGCAUGUCGUAUGGGGACGACGGUGAGAUACGAAUCCAUCGCUUCGCUGGAGAUGCCGAGUGGAGAAGAUCCAUCCGCGAGCCUCUUGCGGAAGCUGUUCGCGCCGGUCAACUCGACGUUGUCAAAUUCUUCCUGGAGGCCGGGGUGAGUGCCAUUAUAAUUGACCUAGACGCAGUCCCAAUGCUCCAUCUCUCCAUCAGGGAGUGCCAGUAUCAUAUCACGGAGCUCCUGCUACAGUACGAUGCUGACCCAAAUGUUGUUUAUUCAACAGCCGGGGGACAGAUGGCAUUGGAUUAUGCGGUAGGUGGGGCCCGUGGUUCGCCGAAAUGGGUUCUCGAGAUGCUGCUGGCGGCCGGGGCCAGAUUCGUUCAUGACUCCACCUUCAUCAUCUGUUGCACUCAAAGCUGGGGGGCGGCUUUUUUCCGCCUGGCCGCCAAGAACGGAGCGGAGAUCCUGCCGAAGUCUCCUGACUGUGCUUUCAGACUACAGGCUGCGUACAAGCUUGCGCGUAUAGAAGUAAUCGAUUGUCUCUUGGAUCUGAGACCGAGGCUGGUGACUGCGUGUCACAAUGGAUCAUCUGCGCUUGACAUGGCCCUCAUGUCUGGACGGGAAGAUGUUGCGGUCUCCCUUGUUCGCAGAGGUACACCUCUAGACACCAGUGCAGAGCAGCAAUUGACCCUUGCUAUGCGCUAUGGACGGACGAAACUUGUCCGGGAGCUUUUGAAGCAUAUCCAGCUGGUGAAUAAAUGCCCGAGAUGUAAAGGUGCUGCCAUUGAAUUGUCGGAAGAACAUAGGCAGGAAGCAUCUAUCAUGACCAGCAGUAGACAGCGUUGGCUCAAAAUGAUAUCAUAGACUAAUCUAACUUGAAGACUUGCCCCGGGAAAGAGAUGAGCUCGUAGAGCGCGA